AUGAAGCCAAUGCUUCUUCCAUUGCUACUCUUCGCCAAUGUUGCGGCGGGUGACUCGAACACCGUUGGAAGCACCGUGGCGAAGAGCCGUCCAGUGUAUUUCUCUCCCGGAAAUACCAACGUCAUAGGGACUUCAUCCGUAGCGGCCUCAUCGAAGCGACACGGGGGCACGCGGAUAUUCGAGCUACGAUCGACCCUUCCACCAAUUAUCAUCCCGAAAAACUACACAACGAAAAUCAUUAAUAACGAGACCGUCUAUGAGCACGUCUACCCUGAAGAAGUGCAGGGCAAGCAGAAAUUCGGAGUUCGCAAGGCCCUGCGACAAGGUGCCGGAGCGAUGAGCGCAUUGCUUAACACCGUUUCUGGAGGCUUGGCAGCUGUUGGAGGGGGUUUCCUCUUGUACGCAACGAUGUUGGGAAUGUUUGGUGAGAACUUCCUCAACGGUGCACCGGGUCUCCCUCCCCUCGGCUCCCCGUUAGGCGCUGCUACUCUGGGUCACCCCGGCGGCCCCAUCGCUGGCUACCCGGGCGUUCUCCCCGACGCGCCGGAUCAAAACCUUGACAAGGGCUUGCCGAGAAUUCCCGGCUAUCCACCCAUUCAGAAGAGGAAUGGCGAAUGGAUCCAGCCUCGAGGAAUACCCCAACUACGCGUCGAGGAAGUGAAAAUGCUGCGACAAGCCAUGGAACCUUUCAUGUCGACCCUCAGGAGUCUCAAGGAGGUGGAUUAUCCCGAGCAGAUUUUCCGCGUUUUGCACGUCGACGACUUCGAAUGCAAACAACGAACCAUUUGCGAAAUCGAGCAGUAUCUCGCAGGCAAGGGUGUCGCCGGAUUCCUUCUCAACUUCCUCAGCCCGCGCAUCCCCGGCAUGGACAAAUACCACAACGCGAUCGCUACGGCUCUACGGCAUCAGAACUGCGGCGUAGUGUUCCGAUCCUGCCCGGAAACUAUAGGUCAACGUCUUCUGAGGAUCAUCGGAAUUCAUUGA